AUGCCGCUGUCGAACCUUCAUGAAAGGUUUGGAAAGGAAAGUGCACCCCGUGCAUAUGAACUAAAACAAACGAUCUCCAAUACCCGGCAAGAUGGCAUGACCGUUUCUGCCUAUUAUACAGAGCUUCGAGGAUUAUGGGAUGAAAUUCAAUUUGUCCUUCCUACCCUUCAGUGCUCUUGUAAUGGAUGUGCUUGUGGUCUCAUAAAAUCGCUAGAUGAUCUCAGGGAGAAAGAGAAACUCUACGAAUUUCUCAUGGGGUUGGACAGUGAGUUCUCGAUUGUGAGGACUCAGAUACUCGCAUUGAAACCCACACCAUCGCUUGGAAGCACCUAUCACUUGGUUGCAGAAGACGAGCAGCAGAUAUCUAUAACUAACGCCAAGAGACCUACUACUGAAGCAACAACGUUUCAGGCUUACGUAAACAUGAUGUGA